CUGAAGGUCAUGGCGCGGUGUGUGACUACCAUGUCUUGCGCGCUAAAAAUGGUAUCUCCCAAAUCACUCGGUCUCAUAGUUAUCGGUGACGAAAUACUGAAUGGAAAAGCGAAAGAUUCCAAUUCACGACAAGUGUGCCUCACUGCCCCGCUUUUUGGUGUACGACUUCGGAAGAUUUCUGUUAUUCCCGAUGACUCAGAUGCGAUCGCAGAGGAAGUUCGCGACUAUAUGAACCGUUACGACUUCGUAAUAACAUCGGGGGGCAUAGGUUCUACUCACGAUGAUGUGACAUAUGAAGGUGUUGCAAAGGCACUAAAUGAAAAGAUUAUCAUUCAUCCAAAGUUCUUACAAACUCUCAGGAGACUAUCAGAACCGAACAUGGUUUCCUCUUCAGACCCCAUAACCAAACUUGCCAAAAUACCGGAGUCAUCUGAAUUACUAUAUGCAACAGGAAUCCAGAUGGAUAGUGAAAGCUCUUAUCCUAUUGUCAAAGUGAAAAAUAUCUUCAUUUUACCAGGAGUUCCAUGCUUAUUUAAUAUGGCACUAGAGAUAAUUAAGACUCUCUCGAACCUAAGGAAAAGCCAGAUCUACGUAUAAUAUAAGCCGCAGCUCUCACACCGGACUGCAGCGACGUGAUCAUUGGCUUGCCACGUAUAUAAUCUGCAAUAAAUCCGGCGGCAAAGGAAUCACCAGCUCCAUUUGUAUCUACCAUUUCUUCGUCUUUCAACUGCUCUACAACAUAUUGAUGAACGGUAGGGUCAUUAGAAUCCGUAUAUAUUAUGGGAUCUUUCCCUUGUGUUACAAUGACCAAUCGUUUACGCUUUUUUCCAUCAACAAAUGGUAAGUCAGCUAUAUACCUGGCUGCUGCAUGAAUGGUUUUAUCAGUAAGACUGUGAGCAUUUCCAAACGCCGCGGCUUCAGACUCAUUCCCAAUUACCACUCCUGAGUAGGAUAUCAUUUCAUUUACUUCUUUAGUAUUAAACUGAGGUAGGAAAGCAGCACUGAGAUUGAAACAGAACAACUUUCCAUUUUCUCCAGUCGAGUUUAAAGCUGUAAUAUAAAAUGGCGCUAUUUAUGUGUGGUUCUGUUAUUAUUCAAUAUUCGUAGACCUAAUUCUGAUAAGAAAGGAAAGCGAGUAGUUGAUUGGAGUGUGAGAGACCUCUAAAACGGACAAUCUUCAAUCGUGUAUUACAUUUGUGCGUGAUUAUUAUCCUGUUAUCAUUGUAUAUACAAGCAUAUUUUUAAAGAAGCCAUUCUACCGCAUAACUCUCGUCUUUUGAUAUCACUUUAAUUGGUGGGGGAUACAUCAUCAAUUUAAUCUUGUGAGUAGCUAUAACUCGGCUAAACUGUAUCAUAAAUGCAAAACGUUGCUCCGAGUCUGGUAUGCAUCACCGCUUGAACUAAUGAUGGUGAGUGAAGUAGUUGAGUUUGUCGACCACUUUACUUACCUUUAAAGUCACAUCAGCUCUGAUGAGUCGGUAUCUGACAAAAUCACAAAUGCGUUUCUGAACCUACCACUUGUGGUGUGGACGGGAUGUCCAUCUGCCAAGUCAACUAUGAAUUUACUGCUCGACACUUCGUUAUGUUCUACUUAAUGGUUGUGAAAGAUAUCCACCAAGAAUAGACGACAUUGAACAAUACCAAGAUGUUUGGGUUGCGUUUCUGACCCUUUAAAUUCAAGUUGUUACUGCAGGACUGGUCUGCGUCAACACCUGAACUGAUGAUAGGGAGUGAAGUAGUCGAAGGUACUGAUAACUUCACUUAUCUUGGGAGUCUGGUCAGCCCUAACGUGCUGACGAAAUUUCUGCACGGAUUCAAGCUCAUUUGGCUUUUGCUUAAUUACGUCACCUAUAGCGGAAAAGAGAUAUUCGUCUAUCAAUUAAGGGACAAGUAUAUAGCGCAGCAGUUCGUUCUGUUCUAAUUUUACGGCUGCUAAACGUGGC